GGGCUAGGGCAAGAGCUAGAGCCCCACACCGGCCCCGACCUCCCCCCAGAGCCCAGCUCUCCUGCCCCCAGCGGCCCGGGAGGAACUGAACCAUCGUUGCACAGGAAGUAGCGGCUGCUGGGAGAGGAGCAGCGGAGACGGCAGCAUCUGCCGCACUCAAUGAAAGAGACUCGCAGGGACCCAGCCAGCCGCCCCGAUCCUACCCCCGCCCCGCCUCGCCCCCCGGGGAGCAGCGGCGGUGCCAGCACCCAGGGCAAGCUCUGAGCAGGGCAGUCGCUGCUGGAGGUGGCGGCGGCCAGGGAGCUGGAGCCGAGCCGGGCAGGAGCAGCUCCAGCUAAUCCGGAGGCGGCGGCGGCAGGACGGUUAUUCUGAGCGAAGGACCCUGCAAGGCCUACUAAGUGGUUAUCAUGGGCUUAAUUGCAUUUUUGAAGACCCAGUUUAUAGUUCAUCUCCUCAUUGGGUUUGUCUUCGUUGUGAGUGGGUUGAUCAUUAACUUCGUCCAACUAUGCACACUAAUCCUCUGGCCUAUAAACAAGCAGUUUUAUCGCCGAGUAAACUGUCGCCUUGCCUAUUCGCUCUGGAGCCAGUUAGUAAUGUUGCUGGAAUGGUGGUCAGGCACAGAAUGCACUUUAUUCUCAGACCAGGCCACAGUGGAUACAUUUGGAAAAGAACAUGUGAUCAUCAUCUUGAAUCACAACUUUGAAAUUGACUUCUUGUGUGGUUGGACUAUGACUGAACGCUUUGGAGUGUUGGGGAGUUCCAAAGUUCUUGCUAAGAAAGAACUGUUGUAUGUGCCCUUGAUUGGUUGGACGUGGUACUUCCUUGAGAUUGUUUUCUGCAAAAGGAAAUGGGAAGAAGACAGAGAUACAGUUAUUGAGGGAUUAAAACGUUUGUCUGAUUAUCCUGAAUAUAUGUGGUUUCUCCUGUAUUGCGAAGGAACUCGUUUUACAGAAACCAAGCAUCGUAUCAGCAUGGAGGUGGCUGAAUCCAAAGGGUUGCCUAAAUUGAAAUAUCAUCUGUUGCCCAGAACCAAAGGUUUCACCACUGCUGUCCAGUGUCUCAGGGGAACAGUUUCAGCAGUGUACGAUGUAACGCUAAACUUCAGAGGAAACAAGAACCCAUCUUUAUUAGGAAUCCUUUAUGGAAAGAAAUAUGAAGCAGAUAUGUGUGUAAGGAGAUUUCCUCUUGAAGAUAUCCCUGUAGAUGAAAAGGAAGCUGCAAACUGGCUUCAUAAACUGUACCAGGAGAAGGAUGCUUUACAAGAGAUGUAUAAUAAGGAAGGCAUAUUUCCCGGCCAUCAGUUUAAACCUCCUAGAAGACCAUGGACUCUGCUAAACUUCCUCUUCUGGGCUACUGUCCUGCUCUCUCCUCUCUUCACAUUUGGUUUUGGAAUUUUUGCAAGUGGAUCACCCCUUCUUAUCCUUGCAUUCCUGGGGUUUGUUGGAGCAGCUUCCUUUGGAGUUCGUAGACUGAUAGGAGUAACCGAAAUAGAAAAAGGCUCCAGCUAUGGCAACCAAGAAUUCAAGAAAAAGGAGUAACUCACAGCUGCAGCACAGCACAUAUAACCAGACUAUGGUAUCAAAUUAACUUUAUUAAAAACACUUAGAAACUAUCUUUUUCUUAUUAACUGAUGACUAAUAUUAAUGAAUAAUACUUGAGCCAAGAAUGAAGAAAUUGGAAGAAUCAAGAGGAGAGAAAACAUCAGCUUUCUGUCUGUUUAAGGACCAUUUUAUUCAAACUUGGGGUGAAAAUCUGGGCUAAAAAAUGGUAACUUUUUGCUUUGUUUGCGGAGUGGCUGAGAAAUAUUGGACACAGCUACCUACUUCUUCAGAUGACCAUUCACACUGGUUUAUCCUUCAAGAAUCUGAAACUCACUUUGCAAUAGGAGCCAUUGAAUGUUUCCUCUUGCUAAAGCCAAUUUAAUAUUUGUUUUUCCCAGCAUCAGUGCUGAGUGUGCUCCAGGAAACACAACCCAUUUUAAAUUCACUGACAGCAGUUCCUUGGGUGAAAGCCAUUUGGAAAGGCCAUUUUAUCAUGACUACAGACAAAAUCCCAUUUGUAUACAUUUUAUUGAAGGCACUUUUUAUUUUCAGGCAACAUCAUACAACUUCUGUACCACAAGAAAAUGGAUAAUAGAAUUUUGAUGGAAGUGGUACCUUAUUGAUAAGCACAUACUGUACAUCAGAUUCACUAGUAUUAAUACAGUUUAAAGGCUUUCCCCCCCUACCUGUUGGUCAAUGCUCAGUUAAAGCUCAACACCCCACUUUGGUGAUUUGAGCACUGCCCUGUUUUAUACUUUACAUGCCUUGGAUCUGCUUUGCUUUGCUUUUUUUAAGUGAAUAGUAAGCCCUGAGAUUUGGUCCAGUGUAAAGAAGGCUAUUUACUCAGUUGUACUGACGUUUCUUCCUUAUUUCUGUUCAUGUUUCUCAUCGCCGAAGUCCCACUCCACUGGUUGUCCCUCGCAGCAGUCUACUGAGAAAAUCAGCAUAAACCAGCACAGCCGUCCUGGAAAGGAUUUUUCUUUAUCUGCAGCAACACUAAAAAGAAAGGGUGCAAUUAGUGUCUCUAACGCAGUGAUACUCAGUGGUUCAGGAGUCAAAUUAGCGAUCAACAUUACCCAAAAGAGCCACAGUAGUGUGAAUUC